UCCUGCCCCCCCGCCAUGCCAGGGCCCUGCCCAGGCAGCGGGGACAGGCGGUGCAUCCCGUUCCCCUCCGGGAACGUGGGGUACCCAGAGCCCCACAGGCUCCCUCUGCACCGGAGCUGUGCGGUGCCCCUCGCCCAGGCCCUACGUGCCUCAGGGGCUGCACAGUGCCAGGUUUGUCCCUCCGCCCUGCCUUCGCCCCCUCUGUGCUCCUGGCGGGGGCAAGAGAUAUUGGCACUGCCCUUUCCAGGGGGAAAAUGCCAGGCCGCCCAGGGGCAGGGCCUCUUGCUGUCUCCUGGCACGGCUGCAAAGGAGCAUAUGGGGAUGAAAGGGCUGUUUAGGCACCCUGGGACCCUCCAUCACCCACUGGGGUCCAGCAGGCACCUUACUGGGUACAAGCUGCCCUCUAAUUUCCCCUAGUAGGUUCGUUUGCCUAAUUAUGAAGGCACUCAUAGAUUUGGCAGCAGAGAGUUGUGGGCAAGCAACCGCUGGGCACCGCAGUUCUCCCGCCCGGCAUCGUGAAAGGUUUCACACCAAUGUGGGAGCAGGAAGGGACAGGGACCUGGGCACACCGUGCGCAUGGCAGAGCCACGCAUGGGCAUGGUGUGGGACCAGAGGUAAGAGCUGGGACAGCGCUGGCACAAGGGUCAAGAGGUUCUGGGUGCCGGUGCCAGUGCGGCGCGUCUGCAUUAUGUCACGUCCGCAGAGACGGGGCCCAGCGGUGUUUGACCCUGGUGCUCACUGCUCUGGCUGCUGCCAGCUGUGCCCGGGCUGUGCGGGGCUGCCAGCAUCGGCCCCAGAGCCAGCGGGCCUGCCGGACCCUCCCCCAGCCACCCCCCGACCCGCAAGGUACCAGGGGCACCUCCUUGCCCAAGGUGGACAUAGCCGAGCGGCCAGCCACCUAGGUGGUCACAGCUUGCCAGGCCCCUGACCCUGCGCCCAGCCCAGCCACAAAAGGAUCAGGCACAGGCCAGGGGGCAGGACUGCUCCUCCUCACGUCUUUCCUCCUGCACAUGAAAGCAGGCCGUGCCAGCCCAACACGGCUGGUCUGCGACACCAGACUCAUCCAGAAGUACAUCGGGGAGGCAAAGGACAUGGAGAAGAAAGUGAGCCAGUGCCAGGCGCUGUCCCCACUCAGCUACCCCAUGGUGCUGCCCUUGGUGGACUUCAGCCUCAAGCAGUGGAAAACCAAGACGAACGAGACCAAGCGGCAGGAGAUCCUGUGCGACCUGGCGCUGCUGGUGGGUGCUGUGACAGGGGCCCAGAGCCAGGUGACCCAGGAGUGCACAGGCAGACAGCUGAGCCAGCUUUACAGACACGCCAACUCUUUCCUCCUGCUCCUGCAGACCUUCAGCUGGGAGGCAGGACCUCAGGAGCCAGGCUGCUCCCCACGCUCCAUGGAGCGGACACGCAUCACUGAGAUCUUCCUCACCUACCGGCAGCUGGUGCAGGGGAAACUGCGCUUCUUCUUCCACGACCUGGCCAAGGACUCAUGUGAGCAAAGCCAGGGAGGUGGCAGAGAUCCUCCACCCAGGGCCUGGUGAGGCUCUGCACACAGGGCUCACUGCUGACCCGAGGGCAGAGUAAACCUGGAGGACACUGGGCCGUGUUGGAACG